AACACACACACACACCCACAGAGUGAAACAAACAGUCACGUAUCCAAAAUUCGCGUCGUAUCCAACAUAAUAAAAGUACCAUUCGCAUUUAAAUCUAACUCCACCACUUCUCUCUCUCUCUCUCUCUCUCUCCAAUCUCCAAACUCCAUCGCAAGCUAAAAAAGCAGAGCACAGAGCAUUCACACAGCACAGCACAGCACAACGCAACGCAACAGAUCUAAGAUCCAAACCUCAAUGCGCUUCGCUCAUUUCCUGAUCUGAGAUAUUGGCGAAGAAAAAGGUGUUGAAUUUAUUGGAUCUUUCUUAAUUUGGGAUUGAAUAAAGUGGAUUGGGUUCUUUUCUUGGAAGGGUAUAGUUCAGUUUUGCGGACGCAUUGUUUUAUACAAAAGUGGCUAUGUCAAGGAGGCAAGUAGGCUCCACACGGCGUGGUGGAAGUCUUCCGUUUGUGGGAGUCAUAAAUUCAAAAUCGAAAUCUUCUCCCUUAGUAUCUGUAGUUCUUGUCGUUCUGGGAGUAAUCCUUCUUAUCGGCUAUGCUUCUCGAAGUUCUCGUAGCUCAGGUGCAUUUGGAGGAAGUAGAGAAGCAGAUAGCAAGAUUGAAGGUGACUUUUCAUGCACCGCAGAAGUUGAGAGAGCAAUACCUUAUCUAAAGAAAGCAUAUGGUGACAGCAUGCGCAAAGUUUUGCAUGUGGGCCCUGAUACUUGUUCAGUGGUCUCCAAAUUGUUAAAAGAAGAAGAAACUGAGGCAUGGGGUGUGGAACCGUAUGACAUAGAGGAUGCUGAUGGAAUCUGCAAGAGUCUUGUGCACAAAGGCAUUGUUCGUGUGGCUGAUAUCAAGUUCCCUCUACCCUAUAAAGCAAAAUCUUUUUCUCUUGUUAUUGUGUCAGACACAUUGGAUUACCUGUCUACAAAAUUCCUGAACAAGACCCUUCCAGAAAUUGCUAGAGUGUCUUCUGACGGUCUUGUUAUCUUUACAGGUUACCCUGGUCAACAGAGGGCUAAAGUUGCUGAGUUGUCUAAAUUUGGACGGCCGGCAAAAUUGCGAAGCUCGUCUUGGUGGGUACGCUUUUUUGUCCAGACCAGCUUAGAAGAAAAUGAAGCUGCCAUAAAGAAGUUUGAGCAGGCUGCAUCCAAGAAUUCAUACAAGCCAAGCUGCCAAGUUUUCCAUCUCAACUCAUACCAUUGAUAUUUUAAGAUUUAUUACAUUUUAUCAUCAUUUUUGGGACUCUCUCAUGCAACAACCCCACAAAAGAGGAAAAAAAGUGAAAAGAAAAUGUCCAGUGCUCAUAUAAAAUGCACCCUCUUUGAGGUUAUCAGCUUUGGUACAAUAGAUGUUUAUGAUAUUCCUUAUGUUUUGUUCCUAACAUUAUACAAUCAAAUAUUUAUUAAUUUAAUUGGAAAAAUAGCCUGCAUUCUUUUUCUCUGUAA